CCACGUCCUCUCCAAUAAUCGAAGAUAUGUCUCUAGCAACGAGUAGUUUGAGACAGUCUUACAGACUUGCUGUUUGUCUCACACAUGUACAUCAGAAAGGACUCUCUUGUCAAUCGAAUGAGGUCGACAGUAGCAAAGUUGAGAGUGACAGACAUGUCGGUGAUUGGGAAAAGAUGAAGCAGCGAGGAACAAGAGUGUUUCAAGUGUGUUGUCUCGUAUUGCUGUUUGGAAUGAUGCUCCUUCCUACUGGUGCCUACUUGUCAUCUGUCGGCUUACCUACUACGAAUGACUCAACAUCAAAUGAAUCAUCUGAUCUAUCGAGCUCUUUCCAGAGUAUUUUGCAAGUGAAUUCUAGUAGGCAUAGCUAUUGUCGGUCUCCAUUGAGGAGAGCUGAUAAUGGUGAUUGUUACUUCCCUUGUGGUGAAUGGACGUGGUUGCCUGCAGUUGAAGAGAGAAGCGAGAAACCUGUCCUCUUCUUAGAAGCUAUUGUACAUUUUCUUAUUGGAGUUGCUGUAGUCAUUACGUGGAUCAAGCUAAGACAUACAUUAUGGCAGUUUCCUCAUAUCAUGUCCUUCUACAUGAUGGUGAACACGUUUCUGUUUGGCCUAACGGAUGUAGCUGAAAUUAUAAGCAGUGAAUCUGAUGUCCAUUGCACCCAUCAAGAUUUGCUAGAAUCAGUGAAGAAUCCAUCUUCGUAUUGCAUAAUCAUAAGUAUGGUGUUUCAAUAUACAAUUCUUUCAUUUACCUGUUGGUGGAUCUGUUCAGCAAUCAAUCUUUGGCAGAUCAUCCGUAGACCGUCACAAGCUCGUUUCUUCUCAAAUCGAGCAAAGGUAAAGGUUCAUAUUAUUGAGUCGUUGAUAUCGUGGUUGCUCCCUGCUGUUCUUGUGAGUGUGCCAUACAUGACUGGAACGUCGUUCAAAGGUGGUGUUGAUCAUCCUCGUUGUGCGCCUGCUUCUAAAGAACUGGCAUAUGUUACACUGGGAUUACCGAUGCAAUUGGGAUCGUUUCUUCUUGUGGUGUUGCUGUCUGAUGUUGCAAUUGGAUUAAAUCAGGCUGUUAAGAGGCGAAGAAAACUACAAACUGAAUCUUCAAACUCCAUGCUACAUGCUAAUACUAAUCAAGUGAAUGAGAUACGUGUGUUGCGGUGGAGAUUCUAUUUGUUGGCAAUCAUGACACCAAUCGUCUCAACUCUUCUGUUUAUCUGUUUCGGACUGAAAGCUCGAAAUUUUGAAGUUAUAUUGUUUUAUGUAAAGGAGUACUAUAAUUGCUUGAAGAAUCAGCCCGACAGCUGGGACUGUCCUCAAACAUUUCUUGAUUAUCAAUACCCAGUCUUCACCAUUAUUUCCCGCUUAGUGCUAAUUCUAUAUUCAAUCACUCUUUUACCAUACGUAUUUCUAUCCAAAGAAGCGAGAAGUGUUCUACCUUGGAGUUGUUGUGUCAGGAGGCAUCGGCAAAACAAACUUAUUAAGGACCAGUCAAGUGAUGUCCAUACCACGUCAGUUCAGUUGGUCUAGUCAGUGAUCUCGAAUUGAACCAUACAGCAUACCGAGUUGCUAACAUGUACAGUCUACAGCGUAAGCAUUGAAAUUUAAAUCAGUAUCAACUACAGUGUAUAUCAUAUUAUUUCAACAGUUUUUUAAAUGUUUUUAUCAUAUUCAGGCCCAUGACGUCAUAGCAUGCAAUGACUGACAGUAAUUUUGAAGGCAUCUACAUGUACAUGUAUACAGUGUAUAUGAAUUGCUGUAAUCACUCAAGUUUUAACCUAAGAACUGAAUUUUGUACAUGAUUCUAAAUUGUUUCUUAGAGAAUCCAACUCAUGUCAUCUA